CAUAAAUACCCCCGAAGCUCCCCCCUUCUUUAUUUUAGGGUACUGAAUCGAGCAAAGUAACAAAGUGACUCACUGAGCCACUGUCUUCCUCCGGUCGUUUCAAGGUUGAACGCUGAAAGCUGGCUCUUGUUUAAGGUUGGACACUGGAACCCGGCAGCUCAACUUCAUUGGAAAGUGAGAUCAACAUGGCCUCUCCGGCAGCUUCCCCACCCGCAAAUAUUGGUUUCACCUGCACCGAUGAGGAGCUCUUUAUCGUUUUCGACAGAUUGACUGGUGGAUCUCCUUUACCAAGUGAUGUUCUCGAUGUAAAUCCUUAUAGAUAUGAACCCAAAGACUUACCUGAUGAUGUUUGGUUCUUGAUUAGCUCAAAGGAGAACAUUGAUAUGAAACGUGGCUUCUGGAAGACCAAAGAGGAGGCCUGUGAGGUAUUCUCAAACUCUGAUAUUAUUGGUUGGAGAACCACUCUUGAGUACUAUGAGGGUCAAGUCCCUCAUGAGCGUAAAACUGAGUGGGUGAUGCAAGUGUUUAGCAUGACUCGGAAGAGUCUGUGUGAUGACAAUGAGAAAAAGGAAACCAGCUCUCUGUGCAGAGUUUUUCUUGUUUCCAGCCAUGAGAUGCACCAGAAAGUGUCUACUGCUGGCAUUGAAAAUGAAACCCAGAAUGAUUUAACUCAACCUCCUGUUCUGGAUGCUAACAGCAGCGCAAGAAUAGGUUCCUCGAGCAACCCUCAGGUAAACAUGCACAAUGAGACAGAAGUAUUGGCUGUUGCAGAGAGACUUCCAGUUCAAGUUCCAGAGCAUCAAGUAGAGAACCUCGUUGAAAUGGAUAUUUUCUCAAGAGGUCAAAUGGAUUCCUUUUCAAGCGGUGACUUUCUGGAAUUGCAGGAUCUUGACAGCCCGGCAUCCUCUUCAAGUUCAGAAAAUUCAAAUGCCGUGGGCAUUUCAUGGGAUGAAUGCUUUGAUCCAAUGGCUUUCUUGCAAGACCUUGAGGACCCAAUUUUAGAAAAGGAAGAUACAGGUAAAAGGCUUAAUGUCUCUGCAUCCAACAAAUCAGACGAGGUGGUUAUAGUUCCAGCCACUUUAGGAUCUGUAGUUAGUUUAAAGGGAAGCAACUCGGGUAGUGAUGAACCUUCAGGAAGUAGAAACCUAAACAACAAGGUCACAAAGCAUGCCAAAGGGAAUAAAAGAGGUGAAGGUCCAUCAUCAUCAUCAUCAUCUUCUCAUAAACCAUCCACAUCAUCGGACAGCCAUUCAGCGGCAGCAGGUGGAGAAACGACAGCUGCUUUUGGCGUUAUGAAAAACCUUCGAAAGAAGUACUCAUGCUUCAUGCCAUUUUAGAUAGUUCUUUUCACACGUAUGGCAUUUUGUAAGAUGGUACAAGCCAGUGAAUUAUAUCAUGUUGUGUGGAUUAAUUUUCAUGUAAUAGCACCUACAAGGUCAUGGCUUUAGACAAAUGAACGAAAUGUUUAUUCAGUGAACAUAAAUGAACUAGCCUUAGCAUUACUCGCAAUCAUUCCCUUGAAUCCUCGCCCAUCCGACAUUUUAAACCAACAUCUAAACCAAAAGGCGAGUUUUGUCAAGUACUCCUUUAUCGGACAUUUUAAGCUUCCAGGCAGGUGAAUUGUAGGCUUUCUUCCCCACUUGGAAGCUCGGAAUAGUUGCCGGUACAGAUCAGGUUGGAUUUGGGUUCAGCGACAACAGGCAUUGUUCAAGCUGGAGAGCUGUAGGGAGUCCAAAUGAUUGGGCUCAGGUCCCUAAUUUGAAGAUUGUUAACUACAGUUCUGGAGGAUGGCAAAAGCAAGCGUGGUACAUUUUCUGUUGGCCAUAGUUGGGCGUAAAUGGCCCAAUAAUUGGGUUGAAAAAAGCAACUUGGG